UGGUUUCAGAUAAGGAAGUGAAAGGAGAAGAGGAGCCAAGAGGGGAGCGCAUAUUUAGCUCGCGGGUAGGCUAGCCUUCUAACAAAGUGCCAAAUUUAACAAGUGACGAGUACUUGCCGCUUCCUUUUAUGAUAAAUUUUGCUUUUCUGGCCAACAUUAGUUAAUUCAGUCUGAUUAUAGACUUGGACUUUGGCAAAGAUUUAGGUGCCAGCGAGCGAACGUACCGCCUAGUUAGCUGUCAGCGAUCAACAACAGCUCGCUAGUUAGCCAGCACGUCACAGCCGGCAGGAAGACACAUUCUGUGUUCCCAACCAAAAUUGUCCAGCAGUGGGUUGAAGUUGUGUUAAUUGGAAAACAUCCUUAGUGUUUUGCUAAGUCCCGUGUCCGUCUAUCAGAGAGCUUUGAAGGAUGACCUCAAGGAAGAAAGUUCUAUUGAAGGUCAUCAUCCUGGGAGAUUCUGGCGUUGGAAAGACCUCCCUCAUGAACCAGUAUGUGAACAAGAAGUUCAGUAACCAAUACAAAGCUACAAUAGGUGCAGACUUUCUGACCAAGGAGGUGAUGGUGGAUGACCGUCUCGUUACCAUGCAGAUCUGGGACACGGCAGGCCAGGAAAGGUUCCAGUCGCUAGGCGUGGCAUUCUAUCGCGGAGCCGACUGCUGCGUGCUGGUGUUCGAUGUUACUGCACCCAACACUUUCAAGACACUGGACAGCUGGAGGGAUGAGUUUCUGAUCCAGGCCAGCCCUCGAGACCCCGAGAACUUCCCCUUUGUAGUGCUCGGCAACAAGAUUGACUUGGAGAACAGACAGGUAACCACCAAAAGGGCACAGGCCUGGUGUCAGAGUAAGAACAAUAUUCCCUACUUUGAGACCAGCGCCAAAGAAGCCAUUAACGUGGAGCAGGCAUUCCAGACAAUCGCACGUAACGCCCUCAAACAGGAGACGGAGGUGGAGCCGUAUAAUGACUUCCCAGAGCCUAUAAAACUGGAUCGGAACGACAGAGCAAAAGCGUCAGCAGAAAGCUGCAGCUGCUGAAGGCCAAACGGGAACAUCUCCCUUCUCGACUUUUAGCGGAUGGGUCACCCGCAGCUCGCUCCCAGGGAACAGCUCUCCCUUCAAGUCUUCCUCCCUUCAUUUCUUCCCUCCCCUCACUUCAACUCCACCUUACUCUUAACAAACUCGGUGUCCGAAGAUCACUCAAGAGGAGAACGGCGCCCUCCUCUGGCACUCCGCAGCCGUCAACUUGUUGGACGGGAUGGCGACCCCAAGAGAAAAGCCAUCGGGAAAAUAACUGGACUGGUUUAUGCUUAGUAAUGUGAGAUGUUGGCUAAGCUCAGCAUCCCAAGAAGUGUAUUAUUUCUUUCUGUUCUCUUUCUAUUGUCUGUCAAAAAGUUAAUUGUCUUGAACUAUGUUAUGUGUUUACAUAUAUAACCAUAUAAAUAAUUACAUAACACAGUAUAUAUCUUAACUUGCUCUUUGCCAUUGACAGAGACACACCCAUUGUGUUUCAACUGGGAGGUUAAAACAGGUCAAAUGGAUUUGGAUGUCUGUCAUCAAUGGCAGCCAAUGAAUUGAUUUCAAGCAAAUCUGAAAAUGGAAAAAUAGUUUCAUGUUUUGUUAUGCACUUUUUUUGCCUUCAUAUGUUCCAAAUGUAGAGGGAUGACUGAUUUUGGACAACAUCUGCCACUAACACAUGCCUUUCCUGUGAGGGUUGGUCAUAUUUGUCACUUUUCCCUGAUCAAUUUCCCCUGUUGAACACGUUGAUUGUAUGGCCUCCUCCAAAAUAUACUUUUAGCAGCCUUUCACUUCAGCAAAUAAUACUCGUCUGACCGCGUUCUUUUUACUGUUCUUUGUGUUCAUCUUUCAAUGCUACCAAAUUGCUAAAUAUGCUUCACUCUCACGUUGCUCUUCUCACUUAUCUGCUUGUAGCUCAGGUUGGCCAAGUACUUCAUAUUUUUUAAUGGAUUGUUUGUUUCAGUGUAUAGUCAAAGGCUGAUGGAAGUUUUCACAUCAAAAAAUAGCCAUCUGUCUGCUGUGGUAUUAUUCCUUGUAGAGAAAAAAAUACUGCAAUGCCAACAAUGUUAAUGAGAAUUUGAACAUCAAAAAUAAAACUGUUGAAUAUAAAACUGGUCUGGAUAAGGUAAUGCUUAUGUACAGGGUGACCCAAAAAAAAGUUUACACUCAGUUGACUGCUUGUUUAAAAGCCAUUGAAACAUAUCUAAAUAGGUUGUCAUGCUUAAGUGAUUCAUUAAGGUCACUCAAUGCAGCUGGUAAUCUCUCGUCUCUACAAUUCCUGUGCUUCUGCUGAAAAUGAAGAAAACUUUAGCUGUACCUGAAUUGCUGCGUGCCGGUCUGACACCUACUGAGAUUGCAGCAAAUCUGAGAAUAUCCAGAUGUGCAGUCUACAAAGUUAAAAAGAAGCUGAAAGAUACUGGAACAGCCUCACGAAAACCUGGGUCUGGAAAACCCGAUCUGUGCGGACCAAAAAAUUGAUUGACAAGGUGAUAUGUGGCCACCCCAGAGUCCAGAUCUCAAUCCCCUGGAUUAUAGCAUACGGGCAGCUGUGGAGGACAGUGCCUGUAAGAAGCCACAAACUUCUGUGGCAGCCUUGGAGAGGUCCAUUGUUAGAUCUUGGGAAAAGAUGACCGCAUCCUACAUAAAGAAGACCUGUCAAGCGUUCUGCAGGCGCCUGGAGGCUGUUGUGACACUUAAGGGAGGACACAUUGAAAAAUAGAGUGUA